GUUUUUAUUAUUUGUCUAUCGACAUCUAGCAACCGGAAAGUAUAAGUUGUGUUCGUCAUUAUACAAUACAAUGAGGAAAAAUUAGAAAUAGUGUUAUUCGUUUGAGACUUGUAUGUCUAUGUACAUGCAUAUUUAUGGAUAUGAAUAUGGGUUUUGUUGUUGCUGUUAUCAUGACCUUUAUUGUGCCGUUCUUAUCACCAACCAUACUUGUAUAUGCGGUCAACUCUAACGAUGUAUUGAGUAAUAUUACUAAAGGAAAAUGCUUUGUUAAAGAUGUUGGACCACUUUGUUGUUCUAUGUAUUACUUACUACGUGGAAGAUGUCAAGAAUGUUCACCAGGAACAUAUCGUUACUCGGAUGAUAAAAACCACAACUGUACAGAGUGUAAAGAAGGAUAUUACGGCAAAUUCUGUGCGAACAGGUGCAACUGUCAAAUUGGGAAUUGCGACCCAGUAAAUGGAACUUGUAAGUGUGAAAGUGGUAAUGUCGAAUGUAACAAAGAACCAGAUAAAGCAGAUCCAUCACAUGACCCAGACCGACAAAAUAAUGUUGCAAUUAUUGUUCCUGUUUUGUUUGUUUUAUUUGUUAUGUUGCUAGUAUGUACAGUUAGUUGGUUUCGGCUCUACAAACAAUUUGUAUCUCAAGAUGGAGAAAAUGGCAGAACGAGACAACUUGAAGAUUCCACGACACUUUCGUGUCUUAUAUAUCACAUCGAUAAACUUCGAGUUAAAUUGAAACCCGCCGGUGUUGCCAUUGCCCCGAGGUAUCACGAAGAAGACGAUAUUGACGGUCAUUACUGCAGCAUCAGGGAAUCAGCGAUGAUCCGGCCGUUAAACCAAGGAAAUAUUUCAUUAUACUUAGAAAAUGAUGCAGAAGACGACAAAUAUAAUCAUUUGAACCCAAAAAUCGAGAGAAAGAUCACAGAUGUGUACUUAAACAAUUGCAAUAUUUACACAAAAAUACAAAAUGUUCAAAGUGGAAAGCAAACUACUGUUUCUCUUCCAAAUUAUGACAGAAUGGAAUUAAACAAGGAUCAACAUUAACGUUACAGGUUUUUUUCAAACGAAAAAUUGCAUACAAUACUCAAUGUGCAUGAGUUAUAUGUGUAUUUUUAUGAAUGAUUAUUCUCUAAUAAAAUAUUAGAACACACGUA